AUGCCCCCCGAGUAUCGCCAUGCCCGCAGCUCCAGCAUGAGCAUCGCCAACUCCUCCUCCCGGCCGACCUCCUCCGUCAUGCCCAGGAGUCCUCCCAACACCUCCCAUGUUCCCUGCAAGUUUUACCGUCAAGGCGCCUGCCAGGCUGGCAAUGCCUGUCCUUUCAGCCAUGAGCUUGGUGUCGCUUCCGAAACCGUCUGCAAAUACUUUGCCAAGGGUAAUUGCAAGUUCGGCCCCAAGUGCGCAAACAUGCACGUCCUCCCCGACGGCCGCCGAGUCAACUACGGCAAAAAUGGCUUCACCAUCAUAACCGCUCCCCUCGGCGCCAGCCCCGCAGGUCCGACCUCCCCGACGCCAGCUGCCAGCAGCCCCUACAACCAAUCCUCCGCCAGCGCCCUCACGACAUCACUAUACGAAGCCGAUCAGUCCGGCUUCCCCAGCUACCUCAACGAGAGCCGUCAGCAGCUCCACGAACACCAGCUGACCCUCGACAACGGCCACUCAUCAGAGUCUCCCUUUGCCUUUCCCGAAAGCUACGGCUCCCCCCGCGAUGGUUUUGCUUUCUCUCCUGCUAACGGCAAGGGACUCUCCAUUCUUGACGCACCAAUGCCCGCUUCUUUUGACUCAAAUGGCAUCUCCAACGCUGCCCGUUUUCCCGCAGCCCCAUGGCCCUCGUCGGUUCCCUCCAAGUUUGGCCUCGAAUCUCCCUCGGCUUCCCUCAGCAACGCCAAGGACUCUCGGACAUCUGAUACUCUCAAACUCCUGCACAACUCUGCCUUUGGCUCUUCGGACCAGUUCUUUACCGCCGGCAGCCCUCCGAGCUCGAACCCAUUCGGAAGCGAAGAAUACUUUGGCAAGCGAGCCAUGCACUCGUCAAGAUAUGCAAAGCCCAAGAUGCUCAGCUCCAGUGUGCCAAAGACAAACGUCGAUCGCGAUUGGGAGGCUGGCUUUGCCUUCGGCGACGAGGGCGACAACGGGCCAGAGAAUUACGUGCCGGAGAAUCUCCAAGAUCUUCUAACGCCCGCGGAAAAGGCUAGAAGAGGUUCCAUGCGAGGGGAGAAUGACGUCAACAUCGAGACCCUCACCAAAUAUGGAAGUCCCAUGGCCUCUAGUCCUAGCCGUUGGGGUUCUCUUUUCCAGCGCCAAAAGGAGGAGGAGGAGCUAUCCCGCUCUGCGCGAAACGCAGCGUCUCCUUUCGGCCAUGUCGGUAGCCCUUUGCGCAAUUCAACCCUCGCUCAAGAGAUGGGUGGGGAAGCUUUUGGCACCAGUGCGCCUGGACGGCCGUCGUCCAUGAGAAUUGGAAGCGACUCCAUGUCUGUCCUCUCUCAGCAGCUUCAGCGCAGUCGGAUUGACGACGCCACCACCAGCUCCAGCCCGCGCUUACAUCCCGCGUCAGCAAGGACAGGAGGUUCCAACUCGGCUGGAAAGGACCGUGCCAUGGAACGGCAUGUUUCUACCGGCAGCAUCAGCUCGUCUGUCACUGGCCGCUUCACCACUCCCAUCGACGAGGAAGACCCUGAUUUCGUGUUCAGCAUGGAAGAGGACGACCCGGUUGCUGCGGCGCGUAUGCGUAAGCGAGCUUCCGCUGGUCUUGGUAUGAGCAGUUUCAACAGCUAUGCUGGUGCCGUCACUGGCAAAGGCCAAGAUGGCAAGACCAAGGAGACCAAGAACACGACGACUAACGGUCGGUGA